AUGAUUUUCUCGUUACGGGUAUCGUUGUUGAGGAAUCUGAGGAGAGCUACUUGUCCUGGUUGUGAAAAAGAGGCAGUUAUACAAGUAGCCUUGGUUGAAAAACAAGUCGUAGAAAGGAGGAGGAUUAGAAGAAGAGGAACAAACAGAAUCCCAAGUGCACGAAUGGUGGGUAGUAACAUUAAUAAUCCUGGCCAAUACAAUGACACAACUUUCACCAAAAUCUUUGUUGGUGGGUUGGCUUGGGAGACUCAGAGGGAGACUAUGAGAAGGUAUUUUGAACAGUUUGGAGAGAUCUUGGAGGCUGUUGUGAUUACAGAUAAGAACACUGGGAGGUCCAAGGGUUAUGGAUUUGUUACAUUUAAGGAUUCAGAGGCAGCCAUGAGAGCAUGUCAAAAUCCAUCCCCUGUGAUUGAUGGAAGGAGGGCAAAUUGCAAUCUUGCAUCUCUUGGUGCACAAAAGACUCGUCCCCCAACUCCUCAUCAGCAGCAUGGUGCAGGAAGAUUCAGACCAGCACAUGGUUUGGUGGCUCCACCUGCUUAUCAUGGCUCUUCAUCACCAUACUUCCAUCAACCAACUGGUCAAUACACAUUUCCUUAUUCUGCUUAUGGGUACACUGGAUAUUCACAAGAUUCCAUGUAUCCCAUGAAUUAUUAUAGUGUUUAUGGUGGUCAACAAUUCUCACCUUAUUACACCACCACUGGGGCAUCAGGGCCAACUGGCAUGUACCAAAAUGUCUACCCAUUAUAUGCUCAGUAUGCACAGAGCAGUAGCCAGGCUCAUGGUCUUGGAGUUCAAUAUCCCCAAAUGGUACAGUACCCAUAUUUGCCUCAUCAGCCCUAUGCUGCUGGUUCCACAGCUGGGAUUCUCUCUCUUCCUUCUUCAAUGCCAAUUACCACCACCACAACUACCACCACAGGUACAACAACAGCAGCAGCAACUGGUGCUGGUGCUUCUUCACAAGCCUCUGCAGCCAAUUCUGAACAGAAUUCUUCAACUUAA